CAGUCUUAUUAGAAGGCAUUUCAGUGGUCUUGGCUGACUGAAAUGAUGAGCCUGUCACCAAAGAUGCAUCCAUAUGGGAGCAUGUCAGAACAGUCAUAAAAGCAUUGACGGCAAGCGGUACGACAAAUUGGAACAUCUGGGCGCUGAAAGCCAAGCAUACCACGCAAAUGUUAUACACAUGCAGUGUGGGUACUAAUGUAUGCACACAUACUUAUGUUUCAUACAUAGAAACAUCAAACAAAUAAAUAAAUGAGGUUCCUGCAUGACCCCUGUCUCUGGGUGCUCUUAAGACACAAUAUGAUUGACCACAACACCAUAACAACCUCAUACAUCACUGUCCUCUCAAUGAAAUCAGUGCUGGGAGUGAUCAGUCAUGUGCAGAGAUAGGGGUGUACGGAAAUUUAUUGUGUGACACUGGAGCAGCUUUCUCUUACAGCAUGAUGGUAAUGAGACUGCAAAAGACGGACACAGCGGUGCGGGUGGAUUUCAGUUGAUAGUUCAUCACUUGCUCAAUGUGCAUGCUGAUAUUUGUUGCUGUGCCAACAGCGACUUAAUCAGGUGUCACUGCAGUGAGUGGAGGUGUAUUUAUGUGUGGAAGCCUAUUUGUCUGUAUGAGAGAGUGGAUGGAUUUAACAUCUUGUUUUGUGGUAGUGAAUAAAUCUGAUGUCUAUUCUCUUUUGAGGGUGUUGAUUUAAAGGAACAGUUGGACGUUUUAGGAAAUACGCUUUCUUGUCUGUACAGUGAAUAUGAAGCUACGUGCCAGAAGCUGUUUAGCUUAGCUUAGCACAAAGUCUGGAAACGGAGGGAAACAGCGUGAAUGGCUCUGUCUAGAGGUAACAAAAUUCACCAACCAGCAUAACACUGCAACAUGCUGUUUGUAGUUUUUGGAUUAACCAAACGAGAUGUAAGGGGAUAAAUUAGUUUUAGAGGUUCUGCUUGGCUGAUUCCAUUACCUUCAGACAGUCAUGAUAGCUGUUUCCCCCUGUUUUCAUGCUGUCUUUAGGCUUUGCUAAGCUAUCAGGCUGCUGGCUGUAGUUUCCUACUUAACAUACGAGAGCUGUAUCGAUAUUCUCACCCAACUUUCGGCAAGAAAAUGUUAAUGUUUCCCAAAAGGUCAAAGUAUUUCUUUGAGAGAUGCUUGUGUCAAUGUAAGCUAAAUGUGCUAUCUACCUCUCCAACUUGUGGUUCAAAUUAAUUUACAUUUAUGUUUUCUAUGGCUUGCUAACCUUUAAAACAAAUUAAACACACAUUCACAACCCCAGUUAUUUGUAUUUGUCAUGACACAGUAUAUUUAAAUGCAUGUGUGCAUGCCCUUCCUUUGAAGUGCUAAUAUCACAGUAUUUUUUUUAUUGAUUAUUGGCUUCCAGUGCCAUCAAUAAGUGAGAUUGCCAUCUUAGAUGAAAGCAGAGUAACCAACAGUGUAAAAGUACAGAAGUGCUGAGCUUUUAGAGCUGGAUCAGUGUGAAAGAGGGAUUGAUACUCAAACAUUCUGACCUGCUCUGCUACGCUGUGAGUCCAGGUAGGAAAUGCUUCACUCAGCUUUUUUAAGGGGUAAAGCAACUGUUAAAGAAAGCAUGUCAAAUGUGGGACGUCUGCAGUUGCUUCUACAUUUUAUAGUUUCUGUGUUAUGUGAAUUGGCUCUCGCGGCUAUUGAGCACAUACAGUAUUUAUCUCAAGUGAAUCUAUGAUGUGCUGAAUCGGUGCUGGUGCCUACAGAUUCAUAGGCUCUGUAACGUAAGGUGAGACAAGAAAGGUCCUCACUCUUUUUUUGCACAAAAAACUUAAUGAUCAAGUCUUUUUUUGUCAAACUGUCAAUACUAGUAAUACACAUUUAAAGGAAUUAAAUACAAGGUUCAAAAUGAUUUAAAAUACUUAAGAAUGUGGGUCUCUAAAGCCACUCCCAUUUCAAAUUGAGGCAUUUCAGCUGUUUCCUUUUUCCCAAAUUGUUGGCGAAAUGAAGUCCAACACUGCGGUCACCCUCCAUUACCCUCUAGUCUGCUCUGCUCGGAGUUGUUUGGAACAGUAAAACCUGAGGUUGCCAGUGUAAAUGCAGUUUUCAGUGUGCAGAUAGAAAUGUAAUAUAUAUUAGUACGUGACUACAGUACCACCCUGCCCUUCUUAAGCAUCCCUCCCCCUCUCUGUCUCUGUUGAUUGCAUUUACUUAUUUGGAUAUAAUGGCCAUGACUCGAAAAUACGCUAUGCUGCAAGGAAAGCACUCAGCCUGGGUAUUUGCCGUCAUUAUGUUUAACCACUCUGGGGGAUUACUUACAUGGCAAUUCCAUGCAAUUUCUUAUUUAUUGUGACAUUUUGACAUUGUGAUCACAAAAGGAAUUUUCUUUUUCUUGAAAUAACACCCAAUGAAAUGAGCGUUCCAGUUGGUGCGAAGCUAGAUUUGGCAGUUUGCUGCCAGUCACCCUGUCAAACAGUCUCUCCAAGAAUAAUUUGCUGACUUGCGUAAAUAUGUUCUGCCUGUUGUGGCCUUAAUGCACAAUCAGGAUUGGUUGGCUAAAUUUAGCAGGAAAAGUGUUUUUGGAAAUAGACUGCAUAGACAGAGUCGGGGAGGGUAAGAGCAAGACAGAGUUUGAGAAAGACAAUGGCCCCUGGAACAAUAAGUACAGAAUAUUACUUUUAGUACGAGCUUAUGAUUUGGAAGGGGGAAGAUGAAUCCAACAAAUCCAAUUCAAACCUACUUCUAUUGGCAUGAACAAACAGUUAUGUAAAAACACCACAUACAGGAAAAGAGAAAAUCAAUCCAGUUCAGUUUGAAAAAAUGGCCUUAUGUGUCUCCAUACAGCUGCUGUUUCCAACAUUGGUUGAAGAGACACCAGCCCUGCAUGGAUUAUCCUCUGGGCUCAGUGGAGAGAGACUCAGUCAGACCUAACGCAGAUCCGGACUUUGCAGACAUGGGAGUCCCCCCACCUCUGCCCUCCUGUCAGUAUGACAUGGUUGGUCCAGAAGGUAUCGUUGAGUCCCAUCAGAUCACCAGAGACGGGAAGGCUGACGCCACCGAGGCCGUCGACUGUAAAUGGUACAUCCGCGCUCCGCCGCGCUCCAAGAUCUACCUGCGUUUUCUCGACUAUGAGAUGGCCAAUUCCAACGAAUGCAAGCGCAACUUUGUGGCAGUGUAUGAUGGUGGCAGUUCGGUGGAAGACCUGAAGAGCAAGUUCUGCUCCACGGUGGCCAACGACAUCAUGCUGGUUUCCACACUGGGCGUCAUCCGCAUGUGGGCGGACGAGGCCAGCCGCAAAAGCCGCUUCCGCAUCCUUUACACGACCUACCAAGAGCCUCCAUGUGAUGCAGAUGCCUUCUUCUGUCACAGCAACAUGUGCAUAAACAACACCCUGGUGUGUAAUGGCAUGCAGAACUGUGUCUACCCCUGGGAUGAGAACCAAUGUAAAGAGAAGAGGAAAGCCAACAUCUUGGACAACCUGAACAACACAAACGGGACCAUAAUUGGUGUCACUUGCUGCAUCGUCCUCAUCCUCCUCAUCGUCUCCGUCAUUGUCCAGAUCAAGCAGCCACGUAAAAAGUACAUCCUGCGGCGGGAGGAUUUUGACCCCACCAUGUUCCAGGAGGUCUUUGAGCCGCCCCACUAUGAGCUGUGUACUUUACGGAGCGCCACCACAGCUGCAGCGGCCUCAGCCGACUUAGUCGACCUGGCAGAAGACUUUGAGAACUACCACGCCCUUCGCCGUGCCUCCUCUCGCUGCAUCCACGAUCACCACUGUGGCUCCUUCUCCAUCCCCGGCUCCGCCCACAUAUCCCAGCUGUCCCUCAGUGGACGCGGAAGUCGCGGGAACCUGAGUGCCCGAGACGCAGGGGCCGCCACUCUGCUCACAGACCUCCCGCAGCCGCCCAUGGCAGUGCGGCCCUUGCUGCCGUCCACUGGGAAUCGCAGGAGCAUCUUGGUCAUGAAGCAUAGCUACUCGCAAGAGGCAGCGGACAAUGGAUGCGACCUGGACGACGACCUGGAAGAAGUUCCCACCACCAGCCACCGGCUUUCACGCCAUGAAAAGGCAGUACAGCGGUUCUGCCUCAUUGGCUCUUUGAGCAAACAUGAAUCAGAGUACAACACAACUAGGGUCUAAGACAAUUUCAAGUCACAAACUCAUCUUCCCGUAUAGAUGGAGGCAGACAGCUGAGUAAUUAAGUAAGUCUGAACCAAUUUGAUCACAAGCAGCCCAAGCAGCAGAUGAGAAGAGUGUAGGGCCCCAGAACAGACUUAAAGUAAUAGUGUUUUUAUUUCUCUGCAGAUACAUCAGAGAGAUGCAGCAUCAUUCCUCUGCAUAUUGCCAAGUUUGACAGCAUUCGAAGCUAAGGUUUAACUCCCUCGCGUCUUGAGUGAACUGUUGCCCUGAGCAACUUUACCAAUGUAGAGAUCUGUGAUGAGAAAAAAAAAAAAGGUUUGUUGUGUACGCAACUUUUUCUUCUUUGCUUUGGGACCGCAGAAGUGCAUUUUCCCCACACCUGUGCUCCACAAGAGGCUGGGAUUUACGAGCGGUGGAACACUGAUGAUAUCUGAUACGGGACUGAAACUUUGUUUUUUUUGUAAAAAUAGAGUACCUUUAAUGUAAAGUUGUUCUUGGAGAAAAAAAAAAAACAAUCAGGUUUUUUUAAAUCAGUUUCAUGUUACCAUCAAAAUAUGACACUGCAUAUUUCAGCUGCUGAUUUCACAUUAUAUUUCUUAUUUUGAUGUCAUUUCUUUACAGUAGAGUAUCAGGUUGUUUUUAUAUCCAAACAAGUAGAGAAAGCCUUGUUGAGAAGACAAACAACUGAAUGUUUAAAAUAAAGUGAUGUUAAAGUUCAUUAAUUGGUGCAGAGGCCAAUACGUGAUUCUACUGACCCAUCAACUAACGUUUAUUUAUUCCCAUUCCACAGAUGUCUGAACAUUAAUUACUUACUUUAUCUUUGUCAAACUUCAUUUCAUUGUGAUGUUUUUGGGUUUUUUUACCUGUUGGCAUAUUAAUUUGAUAACAGAAAAUGCCGGACAGAAUGUUUUCAAUAAACUGAUGUUUACUGAUUUUAUUGUGAUGAUUUAUUUUGUCAGUAACAUAUGCUCUAUUCUAUUCUUCACUGUUCAGGGGUAUUGAUGAUACUUAGGUCAUCAACUCAUUAGCUAUUCUUUCCGGAAAUUCGUAGGUUUUAACAAUAAAUUUUAUAUUAAACAGUUUCAAAAAUUCAGAACACAGGGUGUAUAUUUCAUAUGCUGAUCCCUGUAUUUAGA